UACGUAUAUCAAGGUGGGCCCUACGGUUGGGCCGCACCAUCUUUGGUGAGGCGGGGGCCGUACCUAUCGUGCUUCCCUCUUUCUCUCUCUACGACUGCUAGAGCUCUCUUGCACAUCAAAUUCCUAUCUUCUUCUCAUUCAUACAUAGCAAAGGGAAAGGAGAAAUAAAUAAGAAAAAAGCAUGGCUUAUCCGCUGGUCUCGAUCGUAGCAGAGAAGUUGAACAACCUCUUCCAGGAUGAGGUAGCUUUGUUGGUGGGUGUCACUGACGAGAUCAAAAAGCUUUACCGUUCGUUCACCUUGAUACAAGCUGUGCUUAAAGAUGCUGAAACUCGGCGAUCGAAGGAUGAAGCUGUGAAGAUCUGGUUGCAGAAUGUCAAAGAUGUGGCCUAUGAUGUAGAUGACAUACUAGAUGAAUGGAUGAUAGAAGUUCUCAAAUCACAAGCACCUGAUGAAGGUGUUGGGUCCUCUUUCAGCAAGAAGAAGGUAAUAAGCUUCUUCUCCUCUAGCUUCAAUCAUCUCAAGUUACGCCACAAAAUUGGGAAUAGUAUAAAGGAGGUGAGGGGUAGAUUAGGUGAUAUUGCUGAAGAGAAGAACCAAUUGGGUCUUAGAGCAGAUAGUGGGGAGGGUGAGAGAGUGGAUUGUGAAUUGAGGCGGGGUGAGAUCAGAGAGCGAGAGACAAGCUCCCUACUCGACCAAACAUCAGUGAUAGGUAGAGAAGGUGAAAAGAAUGAAAUCCUACACUUGUUGCUGCAGGAGGUAACUGAGGUGCCAUUUGUCAUUUCUAUCGUUGGAAUGGGGGGAUUGGGCAAGACCACCCUUGCUCAGCUCGUCUACAAUGAUGAGGAUGUCAAGGGGCAUUUCGACAUGAGAAUGUGGGUUUGUGUUUCAGAAGAUUACGAUGUGAAACGAAUUACGAAAUCAAUAAUAGAAUCUGCAACUGGGACUGGUUGUGAGUCAUUAGACUUGAACCUGUUGCAGGAUCGCCUAUGUUGUAUAUUGCAGGCAAAGAAAUUCUUGCUGGUGCUUGAUGACGUUUGGAGCAAAGACAGUGAGAAGUGGGACAAGCUGAGAACUCCCUUCCAAGCUGGUGCACCCGGGAGUCGAAUCAUUGUAACCACUCGUUUGGAAGAUGUUGCAGGCAUCAUGGGAAGCACUGAUCACAUGCACAAACUGGCAGUCUUAUCCGAUGAGGAUUGCUGGUUAUUGUUCAGAAGUAAAGCGCUGGAGCAUCGGAGUGAAGAAGAGUGUUCUGAGCUGGAAGAGAUUGGAAGGCAAAUUGUAAAGAAAUGUGGAGGGGUGCCUCUCGCUGCAAAGACAAUAGGGAGUGUCAUGCAGUCGAGAAGGACUAGAAGCCAGUGGGAGCUUGUCUUGCGAAGUGAGAUGUGGAACUCAGGUGAUGUCUUUGAAGGCAUUUUACCGGCUUUGUUACUAAGCUACUAUGAUUUGCCUCCAGCUCUAAAGCAGUGCUUUGCAUAUUGCUCUGGCUUUCCGAAAGAUUGGGUGAUAAGGAAGGAUAAGAUAGUCAAGUUAUGGGUGGCACAAGGUUUCAUCUGCUCCACUAGAAGUGGAGACAUGGAGGAAAUCAGCGAACUGUAUUUUGAUGAUUUGCUAAGGCGAUCACUGCUCCAAGAUGAACAAAUCGAUAGUGAUGGCAGCAUAUUAUUGUGCAAGAUGCAUGAUUUAGUUCAUGAUCUAGCACAAUAUGUUGCAGGAAGUGACUGUUCUAUGGUGGAGAUUAGAAAGAAAGCCUCGUUAAACAUAAAUAAUGUCCGGCAUUCUUUUUCAUUUGGCAAUAAUGAAGCUGAUAAAUUGGCUUCCAUUUUGGUCACCGUGCAUAAGGCCCACAAGUUGCGGACGUUGCUACUACAAGACUCAAGAAUCUCCAAGGUGGACAAGUUAUUUCAUCAUUUGAGACGCUUAAGAGCAUUGGACUUGAGUGGCACUGACAUCAAGAAAUUGGCUCAGACAGUGGGACAGUUGAAACACUUGAGAUAUCUUGAUUUAUCUAUGACAGACAUAGAGGAGUUGCCUGAGGAAUUGAGUAAUUGCAUUAAUUUACAGACCUUGAGACUCAAUUACUGUCAGAAGCUAAGAAAACUGCCUAGUGGGAUGAGGAAAAUGAUUAGCCUGAGACAUCUUGAAUUUAAAGGUUUAAAUGAUCUGAGGUACUUACCGCAGGGUAUAGGGAUUCUAACUGAGCUUCGGACAUUAACAAAGUUCAUUGUGGGUGGUGACGAACAAGGAUGUAAAUGUGGAGAACUGAAACACCUCAAUCAUCUUCAAGGUAGUCUUCCAAUUACCGGCUUGCAAAAUGUCAGCAGCAGGGACGAAGCUAGUGAGGCAGAACUGCAUGAGAAGCAGCACGUUCUUGCUCUAUCCUUGGAGUACGAUAAUGAAGAUGGUGAACUGUUGGAUGAUGAGGUGAAGAGAAUGGAGGAUGUGCUCGAAAGCCUUCAGCCUCACACAAACUUGAAAGAGUUGGAAAUAUGGAAUUACAAAGGUUCCAUGCUUCCCAAGUGGAUAGGGAAUCCAAUGUUCUCCAAUCUGAUUGAGGUGAAACUCUCCCAUUGUCUCGAGUGUAAACAACUUCCGGGUCUUGGGAAACUACCGUCCCUUAAAUUCCUUUUUAUUAAGGGAAUGGUAGAAGUGAAAAAAGUGGGUGGUGAGUUUAGUGGGGAUGAUCCAAAUGAUGGAAGUGGUGGUGGUGGUGUCUCAUUCCCCAAGCUGGAGACCCUCCAUUUCCAGGAAAUGCCAAAUUGGGAGGAGUGGGAAUUGAGAGUUGGAGAUGGAGAGGUUAUGCCAUCACUUCUUGAAUUAGCAAUAAAAGACUGCACAAAGCUGAAGGUGUUGCACUGCAACCUUCUACCUCUUCUCCGGAAGCUGACUAUAGGCAAUUGUAACAAUGGGAUGUUAUCAGGAAGGCUCUUACCUGUGCUCCCCAACCUUAACAGUUUGGAGCGCACAUCACUACCCAGUGAUUGGUUGGGACAACUAAGAGCCCUCCAAACGCUGAAGAUCUCUCAUUGUUCACAGUUGGAGUCUCUACCAGAGGAGUUGGGACAACUCAAAGCCCUCCAAACUCUGAAGAUCUUCUAUUGUCCACAGUUGAAGUCUCUACCAGAGGAGUUAGGACAACUCAAAGCCCUCCAAACUCUGAAGAUCUUCUAUUGUCCACAGUUGAAGUCUCUACCAGAGGAGUUGGGACAACUCAAAGCCCUCGAAACUCUAAAAAUCUAUGAUUGUCCACAGUUGAAGUCUCUACCAGAGGAGUUGCAACACCUCACCAUGCUUCAACGAUUGUAUAUCAACAACUGUCCACUCUUAAAAGAGCGCUGCCGAGAUGGAGGAGAAGAUUGUCACAAGAUUGCCCACAUCCCAUAUAUCGAAAUUCAAUGAUUUGAAGGAUCCACUCCAAUACGAGGAGAGUUGGAGAGGAAAUCAGCAACAGCUUUUCAUUUGGUUUUGUUUCAAGGAAUUGUGUACUUUUUAUUUAUUUAUUUUCUUUUUCCUUUUUUUUUUUUAAUGGAUUUACUUUUAAUACAUGUCAAUCUAUAAUCUAUCUAGGAAGACUAGUUUGCUGGGUUGCUGCCUUGUUUUUCUAAUAAACACAAGUUGUUUGUUUUGGAGGUCAGGUUCUUUGCCCCCCUCCAUCUCAUGUAAUUUUUCCUUUUUAAUAAAGCUUGCAUUGGUACGGUCCAAC